CCUUCUUUCCAACGACGGCGUUGCAUCGGUGUGUUGCAACGAAUCGGGCCUUCGAUCGAACUACGUAUAGUAUUCCGCGAAGCCGAAGCCUAGGCCGCAGCCACGACCCUCCGCGAAAAAGAGACCCCUGCCAUGCGCGAAAGAACCGGUGCUCGCUUUUGCUGGCUUCCCUUGGCACUCGCUGCUUUCGCCCUGGCCGUCGCCCUGGUCCCGCCGGCCCUCUCCCUGGCCUUUGGCGGGUACUGUACCCGCUGCGGCACCCACCACACGCUCCCGACCACGGAGGCCGCCAAGCGGGCGGCCCUCGACCUGAGGGACCGGAUGGUCCGGAGCGGGAGGAUCGACAUCGACGAGCUGCCGGGAGACCUCCGAGCAAAGCUCCUGGCGCCGCCGCUGGGCGAGAGCGGCAGCAACGGCAGCAGCAGCAACACGGCAGGGGAUCUCACCGGCAUCCCUUCCGCAUCGGACCUUGGGCUGGAUCCCUCGCUCGCCACCGAGCGCCUCUACGAGCGACGGGGGAAAAUGUUCGGGGUGCUCGUCUGUGAGAAACCCUCGACCGACGGCGACAACACCGGAGACGGGAGCGAAACCGUCGUCCUCAAGGCCUACGCCGGCAAGAUGGGGGGCCGGUGGAACCUCCGAGGAUGGGCACCCCUCGUGGGAAGGGUCCCCGAGGAAAUCCCCGAGUUUCGGAGGCUGAGCGCCGCCGUGACGGAAAAGUUCGCGGAGAUCGAGGAGGCCUCCCUGUCGCCCGGGGACGGGAGCACCGCCACCCUCGCGAAGCUGAAGGCCGAGCGGGCGGCCCUGUCGGCCCGCGCCAUGGAGGAGAUCCGGCGCCACCAGCUAUUGACGAACCUCCGGGGGGACACCACCUUGCCGAUCACCGCCGCCUUUUUGAGGGGGAGCACCCGGCUGCCGGGGGGGACCGGGGACUGCGCCGCCCCCAAGCUGGUGGCCGAGGCGAUCCGGAGGGGCCUCCGCCCGGUGGGCAUCUGCGAGGUCUUUGUGGGGGCGACCGGGGGAAUGUCGACCACCAAGGCGGACGGGGAGUUCUACGACGCCUGCGAGUCGCGCUGCGAGCAGAUCGCGGGCUUUCUGCUGUGCGGCCUGGACGACCGGUGACGAGCCGCGCCGAAUCGAACCGAGCAGUGCGAUGCCGCGCUGGGGCGGGCCGCGUCUGCGGGGGGGGGAACAGACAGAGGCAGCCACGAACCAGGACCCGGGCAACGAGUCGCAACAAACGGUUCGUAGUUGUUGAGCAAGCGGGUUUCCGGUUUUUGAAACCGGCCUUCUCCGGAUUACAUCGGGGGUACUGCUCCUGCCUGUGGUGGGCUGUCAUCGUGUGGUGAGUACGAAUACUACUACUAUGGGUCGAUCCGAUUUGGUCACCAUGUUCCGGGGUACUCAUUGUUGUUGGAUCCAUAAAUCCAUUCAUUUCUU